UAUACGAAAUAUACAUGCGAACGUAAUCAGUGUUUUGGUCAUGAGGUUGUAGCAGUAGUUUUAUGACACGGUGGCAAUUAAAGUUGGUGUGAAAAUUUGUUAAUUAUGUUACAGGUAAUGGUGAGAAGUUAUCUGACAUUGGUUUCGGUACUAGUGUGCUGUCAUGUUGGAGAAGCAUUUUACAUACCAGGUGUUGCACCUGUGGAAUUCAAGAAGGGGUCUCGGAUAGAUGUUAAGGCAGUGAAAAUGACCAGUACUCACACACAGUUACCAUAUGAAUACUAUUCUUUGGAUUUUUGUCGCCCAAAGAAUGGGACCAUUGUAUACAAAUCAGAAAAUUUAGGUGAAGUGUUAAGAGGCGAUCGCAUAGUCAACACGCCAUAUGAAGUUCGGAUGGCUGAAAACAUUAAAUGUCGAUUGCUGUGUCAUCCUUCUCAUGGACCAAUGAACUGGGAUGCUGAAGCUUCACAAAAGGCUAUCAACCGAAUACAGCAUGAAUAUUUUGUCCACCUGCUGGUAGAUAAUCUCCCAUGUGCCACAAGGAAAAGAAAUCCUGAGACUGGAGAAGUGCAGUGCGAGCAUGGCUACCGGCUUGGUGGUAGCACACGUGAGGGAGUUUAUAUUAAUAAUCAUCUGAAGCUGAUCCUGCUGUACCACACAGAGAAUAAGGAUGUUUAUCGUGUCGUUGGGUUUGAAGUAGAAGCUCAAAGUGUUGAUCAGUCAGAUUUAACAGUUACUGGUGACACAUGUAUAAUUCGUGAGAAUCCAAGGCCCCAAUUUGUUAAUAAACGUGGUGGAACAAAGCUUUUCUUCACAUAUUCAGUUGAAUGGAAAGCAUCAGAAAUCAGUUGGGCAUCCAGAUAGGAUAUAUAUUUAGGAAUGAAUGAUGUUCAGAUCCACUGGUUUUCCAUUGUGAAUUCUCUGGUUGUCGUCCUGUUUCUGUCUGGCAUAUUAACAAUGAUUAUGGUACGGACAUUACGGCGAGACAUUGCUAGAUAUAAUGCUGAUGAGGGACCCGAUGAAACUAUUGAAGAGACUGGAUGGAAACUAGUUCAUGAUGAUGUGUUUAGACCACCGCGUUACUCAAGAUUGUUUGCAGCAGUCAUUGGAAGUGGGAUCCAGAUAUUUUUCAUGGCACUGAUAACAAUAUUCUUUGCAAUGCUGGGCAUGCUUUCACCGGCAUCUCGGGGAGCCCUCAUGACUGCAGCAAUUUUUCUCUACGUCUUUAUGGGUCUGAUUGCUGGUUAUUUUUCUGCAAGGUUAUAUAAGACAAUGAAAGGAAGAGAAUGGAAGAGGGCAGCUUUUCUGACUGCCACUUUUUAUCCAGCAAUUGUUUUUGGAGUUUGUUUCUUCUUAAACUUUUUUAUCUGGGGGAAACAUUCCAGUGGUGCAGUACCAUUCUCCACAAUGGUGUCACUGUUAUGUAUGUGGUUUGGCAUUUCCUUACCACUUGUAUACUUGGGUUAUUACUUUGGGUUUCGCAAACAGCCUUUCCAGCAUCCAGUACGGACAAAUCAGAUUCCACGUCAAGUCCCAGAUCAACUUUGGUACAUGAAUCCUUUCCUAUGCACAUUAAUGGCAGGUGUACUGCCAUUUGGAGCUGUAUUUAUUGAGCUGUUUUUCAUAUUUUCUGCAAUUUGGGACAAUCAAUUCUAUUAUCUGUUUGGUUUCCUGUUCCUUGUGUUCAUUAUCUUGGUGAUAUCAUGCUCCCAGAUAUCAAUUGUAAUGGUGUACUUCCAGCUGUGUGGUGAGGAUUACCAUUGGUGGUGGAGAAGUUUUAUAGUUUCAGGAGGGUCAGCAAUAUAUGUCUUUGCAUAUUCAGUAUUUUAUUUU